CCGAACGGAGUUGUUGGGUUACGCAGAUCGGCGCUUGGGUGGAUUGGAUGUCGGUGCCUGGGUAGUCGAACGAGCGGCUGGCCGGCUGCUGGAUUCUUCACCUUUUCCACAAGCUUACAGCAACAGCAAAAGCUUGGGGUGGGGGCUAAUGAUAAGCCGCACUUAGCUGUUGCUGCUCCUGCUCCGGUUGCUGUUGCGCUUCCUCUGGCCCAGGCAGCAGUAGCAGCAGCAGCACCAGCAGCAGUGAUGGCUCUGGUUGAGAUGUGUCUGGCUUAA